UGUUGCUGGAAGGAAGCCUGGAGUUGCCACUGAGCAGACUUGCUACCCAAGGAAGCAAAGGGACAGGGAAGGAAGGGAGACCAUGGGGCGAUUCAUCUUUGUGACCCUCGGCUUGCUGGUCGUGGCUUUCUCCAUACAUGGAGCCGAAGACUGUUGUUGUCCUCGUGAUUGGCUCCCCAUGAAUGGGUUUUGCUACAAGGUCUUCGAGGAACGAAAGAAUUGGAAGGAUGCAGAGACGUUCUGCAGGAAACAGAAGCCAGGCUGCCACCUCGCCUCCAUCCACAGCAUGGAUCAAGGAGCUGACUUGGGCGAUUACAUCACUGACUAUCUCACAAAGAAAGACCGUGUCUGGAUUGGAUUGUAUGAUCCAUGGAAAAACUACGUCUGGGAGUGGACAGACAGAUCUAGAACCGACUACCUACCAUGGAAGACAAAUCAGCCUGAUCACUUCCAGAACAAAGAGUUUUGCGUUGAGAUUGUGGACUUUACAGGGUAUCUCCAGUGGAACGACCAGGGCUGCACAGUUCUGCGUCCUUUUCUCUGCCAAUGCAAAUACUAGCGGAAAUGGUUCCUUCGGUUGCUCCAGAGGGAGUGAAGCACCUGGUGAAGUCUGGAGAAGCAAGGAAGCCCCCCCUGCCCACUGAAAUCUCCGCUCUGCACCCUUUCGCUUCAUGGAUGCUUUCUGUAGCUUGGAUCUGACUUCGCUUGUUCUCAUAGGCCAGAAGGUCAAAUAAAUUCUCUCUAGCAUGA